CAGUGUUCAGUAGGCGUAUACGGAUGCAGUUGUUUUGCAACUGGUUGUUCGGGUGUAAAAGAAGUCGUUACUGUAAAAUUAUUCACUCUUGAAGCGUCUUGCAUUGAUUUGUGAACGCGGUGGUAUUUUGGAGUCUUUAAACCAACUCGGAGAAAAUGGCAACAGUCGACCUCGCUAAAGUUGGAAAAAACUUACUGAAGAGCGGUGAAAGCGAGGAGAAAGUAGAGCUCCAGUCUCUGUGGCAGGACCAGCCGGUGGUCAUUUUCUUCCUGCGCAGAUUUGGCUGCCAGGUGUGUCGGUGGACGGCAUCAGAGAUCAGCAAACUGGAGCCAGACCUGAAGGCCAACGGGAUGGCUCUAGUGGGAGUCGGACCAGAAGAAUUUGGGCUGCAGGAGUUCAAGCAGGGAGGUUUUUUUAAAGGAUCCCUUUAUGUGGAUGAGCAAAAGAAAUGUUACAAAGAUCUGCACUUCAAACGAUACACUGCUUUAAGUGUGGUUCCUGCCGCGUUGGGGAAGAAAGUACGGGAUGUAGCUGCAAAGGCCAGUGCUGAAGGAAUCCAGGGAAAUUUCUCAGGAGAUCUGCUCCAGAGUGGAGGCAUGCUCAUUGUGGCCAAAGGUGGAGAAAAGGUCCUACUACACUUUAUCCAGGAUUCACCAGGAGACUAUGUACGUUUGGAGGAUAUUUCCAAGGCUUUGGGUUUCUCAGCCACAGUAGAAGCAGGAGAAAGGCCAGUGUGCAAUGAUGAUGUUUGUACCCGAUGAUGACGGAGCUGCACAUCUCAACUCUUUUGAAGAUUCAUGAAGUGGAAUACAAUUUAAAAUGUUAAAAUGAAGUAUUAAAUCACUAUUAAUAAUCCUGUGACACAAUUUUUUUUUUUACCUAUUUAAAAAAAAUCACUGCUCAUUUA